UCACCACUUUCCUGAUGUGUUAGGUUAUGAUCACUGGGGACCAAUCGUUGACUGCUUGCCAUGUUGCUAGCCAAGUAAAUAUUUGUUCCAAGCCGGUUCUAAUUUUAACACGGAUGAAGACUAGUGGAUUUGAGUGGGUAUCCCCUGAUGAAACUGACAGAGCUCCAUACAGAGCUGAGGAGGUUAAAGAGUUAUCAGAAUCGCAUGAUCUUUGCAUUAGUGGUGACUGUUUUGAAAUGUUACAAAGAACUGAAGCUGUCCUCCAAGUCAUUCCUCAUGUCAAGGUUUUUGCACGUGUUGCUCCAGAACAAAAAGAACUUGUACUAACAACAUUUAAGACUGUUGGGAGGGUGACACUGAUGUGUGGAGAUGGAACCAAUGAUGUUGGUGCACUGAAACAGGCACAUGUUGGCAUAGCUCUGUUAAAUGCAGAACCGGCACAGAAAGCUGACUCGAAAUCUCAGUCAUCCAAACUUGAUAGCAAAUCAGGGAAGUUGAAAAAACCGAAACCUGCUAACGAGUCAUCAUCACAAUUGGUUCCACCAGCCAGCAGUUCCACUAAAGCAUCCAGCAGCCGCCCCUUGACUGCCGCUGAGAAACAGCGAGAAAAGUUGCAGAAGAUGUUAGAUGAAAUGAAAGAAGAAGGUGAUGGCCGAGCACCGGUUGUACAGCUUGGUGAUGCUUCCAUGGCCUCACCUUUCACAGCAAAGCAUGCCUCUGUUGCCCCCACGCUUGAUAUUAUCCGCCAGGGGAGAAGCACCCUAGUCACUACACUCCAGAUGUUCAAGAUUCUUGGACUCAACUGCCUUGCAACAGCAUACGUUCUGAGUGUAAUGUACUUGGAUGGUGUCAAACUGGGUGAUGUUCAAGCUACUAUUAGUGGUGUCUUCACUGCGGCUUUCUUCCUCUUCAUUUCCCAUGCUCGUCCACUUCAAGCACUGUCUGCAGAGCGCCCUCAUCCUAACAUCUUCUGUGCAUAUGUCUUCCUUUCCAUUCUUGGUCAGUUUGCCAUGCACUUGUUCUUUUUGAUGUCAGCUGUCAACGAAGCAGCCAAGUAUAUGCCAGAGGAAUGCAUUGAGCCUGAUUCGGAGUUCCAUCCAAACCUUGUCAACACAGUUUCAUACAUGGUGAACAUGAUGAUCCAAGUGGCGACAUUUGCUGUGAACUAUAUGGGCCACCCAUUUAACCAGAGCAUAUCUGAGAACAAGCCUUUCAAGUAUGCCCUCUAUGCGGCUGUUGCUUUCUUCACAGUGAUCACAUCGGAUAUGUUCAGGGAUCUGAAUGACUAUAUGAAGCUUGAACCCUUGCCUGAAGGAAUGAGGGGCAAACUGAUGCUCUGGGCUAUGCUUAUGUUCUGUGGUUGUUAUGGAUGGGAGCGGUUUUUGCGAUGGCAAUUCCCAGGCAAGAUGCCAGCGUGGGAGAAGCGGCAGAAACAGGCAGUUGCAAACCAAGACAAAAAGCAGGCAUAGGAUCUUGUAUUUUCCCCCCUUCACAUCUCCACUGCCAUUUCUCAUUUGGCAACGAUCUUGUCACUAGUGAACUGAUCAUGGUUGCACUCUAAUAUGUAGUUUAGGAGAAUUUUGUCAGACUCUUUAAGCCCUAUUUGUAGGAGGGUAGUCACUCAACAUACAUGCCUGGUAUGGAGGGUCAGAUUUUUCAGGUUCCAUACCUUCUGCUAAUGAUGACAUGAAUAUGGAUGAACAUACCAUUGAACACACCAAUGGUUUAUGAGUUAUCUGCUGUUAUACCAUUGAACACACCAAUGAUUUUAUGAGUUAUCUGCUGUUUGAGUUA